AUGGCACAACAACAACAAGCUAAAACAACAAUGACUGUGAAGUUGGAUGAUAUUUCAAUGGAGAUUGAUAAGGACUAUCUUGUUUACCUGUGGAAUAGAAUCCUCCAUACCAUUGGCAAUCCAAAUGCCAUUAAGAAUCCAAACAUCUUUGCCGCUGCUAUCAGUGGUAUCUUCCAGAUGGUGACUAUGUUCUUGUCGUCCACUCACGACGGUAACUCGAUUUUAGCUAUCUUUGGUUCGUGGUUGUUCGAGGCAAUCAAGACAAUUCGCUUUGGUUUCGACGAGGGUGUAAGUCUUGCAACAGAGAUUCUUGCCAACAUCUUCCAUAUCUGCUCGGCAAAGAUCUCGUUUGAGCCGAUCUACCUGGCAAGUUUCUACUCUUGUUUGUCAGAGGUGCUUUGGUGCGACGGUAAAAUCCUUUUCUCUGGUAUCAUUCACACUCAGAUGCUGCUGGCAACAGAACUUCCAGGUUGCCGUAUUCUCGUGCCAUCUUACAUUCGUGCACUCGGACGUAUUCUAACGAUUAUUCCAGGUUCAUCGAGUGAAUAUCUACGUCGUUCCGCCAUUAGAAUCUUGGGACAAAUCAUGUGUUUGUCGAAUCGUUUCGAAAACGUUCAGUUCUACCACUUUUUCAAUAAGCGUCCAAUGGAGUAUUACCCACCACUGCCAUCGGACGUCACUGGAAAGCACGAGCUACUCCAACCGGAUCUCAAUGUAUUCCGUGACGUUCGACUACAUGUCGCCCAUUUGAUUCUCUCGUCGCUCAACACUGAGACAUCGCCUUCCAACUUGUCCACUUUGAUCUGGUACAUUUUGGAGUUCCAAUUGGAGCAUCAACAUCGCAAUGUCACUCUGAUGCCCGACGGUAAGAGUUCGACCGUUGCUUUCAUCAACACAAGCAUCAACAUCAUCUUGAAAAAGGCAACGUCGUUCACCGGACAAUGGCCAGCGGAAGUUAUCACCCAUGCCUUCCAGUUGCUCAGUGUCUUGGCUACUCACCAUGCAUCGAUCCCAACGUUUGUGCAACUGGCUCACACCGUCGUAAGAAAGCUAUGUAAAUUCAUCAUUUUCAAGUCACGCGAAGUACCCAUCUCCAUCGAGAAUGAAGAGUUGAUUGUACUGGCUCUACACACCAUUGGCCAAUGGGUGGUAGUCAGUGGUUGGAUCUUUGAUGGCAACUACAAGACUGACACUUCCACUCUUUACAUGUUGUUCGAUGCACUUACUAUUGCACUUGGCGGUAAGAAUCCAAACGAGGAAACUUCCUCGAAUGCUUCGACCGGAAGUGGAAGCGGUGGAAUCUCUGGCGUUCCACUCAGCGGUCAAUCAUCGCAAUCAUCGCCAUUCGGUGUUGGUUCACUCCAACCACCUGCCUCUGCAUCCACCAACAGCCCAGCAACAUCAUCUUCCUCCUCGUCCAAUUCAUCCGGUGGUCAGUCGACUGCUAGUGGCGCCAACGGUGCAGCGUCGGCAACACCAGCCAAGACGCGCAAAAUCACAAACAAUCCACAUAUUCCAUCGAGAAUCAAAGAUAUUGCACAAUGUACAUUCGAUACCAUAAUGAAUAGAAUGAGUAACUUUCCAAAUCCCUACAACUUUGGUCCGACUUCUCAAACCUCAUCGGCCUGGAAGGAAGACGACAUUAUCGAGUCGAUCCGCGCACAAGCCAAACAGGCCGGCGAACCCAACUUCCCUGUGGAACAAUGCAUUCGUUUCUACUCGAUUAAUGACGCGACAUUGAUUACAAUGAUUGAUCAGCCAUUUGGAGCGAACGGUCCUUACACCACGAUCAUCAUCCGUGAUUCAUCGGGUCGUUACGUUAUCAAUGCCGACUUGGCGUAUUUGCCUUUCAAACCAAAGGAUGAAAACGACGGAUUGGCAAACGGAGGUGAUAGAGCAGCUGGUGACAGUGAAGUCGCCGGCGCUUGGGAAGAAGACAAACCACUGUCAGUGCUGCCAGCGCGUAGCAGCACCGACGGUCACAAACCAUUCACUGCCAACUAUAGCAACCAAGAAGAUUUCACAGAGAUACAGAGUUAUCUCUCUAAUAAAUCGGAUUCUAUAUUCCAACGAUCGACUGUAUCGCUUAUCAAAACGGAAAGCGAUGUACUAUCAACUCUAAACUAUGGUUUGGAACCAAAGAUUGCAUUGCAAGCAGUCAAAGUUGGUAAUCGUUACCAAGGCGAUUGUAAAUUCCAAAACUCAAGAUUGCUUCUUUCCAACCUUGGAUUCCUCUCGUUGGAAUCCAAAGGAAAAGUUUCACAAAUGGAGAAUACCGUUACAUUCUACCAAGCGAUUUGCUCGCUCGAUCAAGUACCGGAGCGACUGCAAUCCAGAGUCGGAGUGUUGUAUGUAAAGGAAAACGAUACCACCGAGGAGGAGGUAUAUAGCAAUGUUAUAGAAAGCGAUACUCCCAAGGAUUACAUUGACUAUGUAAGCUCGCUCGGUUGGAUGGUUGACCUGCCCACUCACAAAGGAUACCUCGGUGGAUUGGACACCCGAGGAAUGCACGGAAAGUAUGCACCUUACUAUGCCAACAGUGCAACGGAGACUAUAUUCCACGUGCCAACACACAUGCCAAAUCAAGGUACCUCCAUCGAACACAAACGAAAGUUGCUGAGCAAAGACAGUGUUGUCAUCGUUUGGUACGAAGGAACACUCGAGCAAUAUGAACAGUUGAAGCUAGAGACGAUUUCCUCGCGUAUCCAAAUCGUUAUUACACCGUUGGAUUCCGAGUUGUUUAGGGUGAAGACUUACAAGGGUGUCUUCAACAAGACAACUGGUUUCGGUCCAAUCGUAAACGAUGAUAUCAUUGUCAGUAAGCAUAUACUACACGAGGUUACCAAGUCGACUGCUGUCAAUGCUUUCCAACAGUUGUCCACCAGUGACACCAAGAACUCACAUCCAUUCAUUCAAAGAAGAAGAAUGAUCUACGAUAUCUCCAUCUCUUUCAAGCGCGAGUUGUCAGUCCAACAAAACUAUUCCAACACUUUCCAAUCGCUCGAUGAAGAUCAAUAUUACAAAACACCGGUAUUCAGUAGCAGCACCGAGCUGGAUAUCUUCAAACAAGUUAAACCAAGCCAAAAGUCAAAUACAAACAAUAAUACAUCGAUAAGUAUUGGAACACAACAAAAAGAACAACAACAACAACAACAACAACAAAAGGAACAGCUACAACAAAAAGAACAACAGCAACAGCAACAACAACAACAAUCUAGUUCAACAUCAUCACCAAUUGUUGCACCACAAACACCUGGAAAAUCAACUUGGAGAGAAUCCGUUACACUUUCAUCUCCAAUCAAUCCAAAUCGUCAAUCGAUACAAUUGAAACCACUUGCUCAAGUCAAUCCAACAUCACCAACCACUUCACCAAUCAAAACAUCAUCGUCAUCCUCUGGUUCAUCAGGAUCAUCCUCUUCCAGUAAGAAUUGGGGUAGUAUCCUCAGACCCAACCUUAGUAAGAGUGAUUCCAGUUCUGGAGCAUUGGCCAAAGAUACCUCAUCUCAAUCCUCUACCUCUACUUCCACUUCAUCGUCGUCUAACCCGACUUCAAGCACAACAACACCUUCUCGUGGUAAUUUCUUCACAAGAAGACCACAAAGUACAGAAGAAAAAGAUAAAUAA